AUGGCCGACGCAUACUCAUCCUCUGACACUGAACUCAAUCCUCGCAAUAGACUGACGGAUGUGAGUGAGACAGCUAAAAGGCUUACUAAGUUCCUCGGCGGCGAGCUCUAUGUGAGCCCGACCGCUUUUGUCCAGACUGCCGAGAAUCGGUUCGGCUCCGCCGUUCUCGAAGACCUAUAUGCGUUUGUCCACGGGACACCCGAGGGACUUUCCGAGCCGAUCGACCAAGAACCUGUGAAUGACGAGGAAGACGGAGACGAUGAGUCUGAAGACGAGCUCUUCGAUCAAGCCGCGAAUGAAUGGGCUCCGCACCCUGAUAUAGGGCUCGAGACCCACCAUGCGGAACACGGCUUCCCGAGAAUCGCGGUCCUGAGGAAUAACCUCACUGCUCUUUCACAGCGGUACAACCUUUAUUUUGCGGCCUAUCAAGACCGAAUCUACGUAUAUCAACCGCGCAGGACCAGCCCCCAAAUCCUGCCCCCUCCGACUCUUAUUCUCCAUCCGCAGCCGUCUAAAUGGGCCCGGCGAUGGCCCCAGGGGAUGGACCACCGUUUUCCUCACCAGGUCAACCAUAUAAUCGUGGGGAACCUGGGGGACUUCGAGAUCGUCCUGUUGGCUUACGACGACGGCGACACGCUGGCGUACUAUACACACAGCAUCGUCCACCACAUCACGCAGAGCAGCGACCGCACGCGCAGCCCCGGCGCCUCCUCGACCUCUAAAAGGAGGUAUCCGAAACCCUUCUUUCACGACAAUGUGGGCGAAUCGGCUUGGGGACUUGCCGUCCACGAGAAGUCCAGGUUGAUUGCCGUCAGUUCGAACCUCCGCGAAGUUACCGUAUUCGCCUUUGCGCUUGCCCAGCGAAAUGGAUCCUCCCUGCGCCGCACCGAGCACCGCCCCAUUCCGGCACACUCUCUGCUCGGGGUUCAAAAAGACCUCCGCUCGAGGUCGAGGGAAUGGAGAAUCGUCCUCCCGCUCAACCCCGACGGCGGCAAUAUCCCCAAUGUGUCCUUCACGGAUGAUGAAAUGGGCGACGCAGAAAAGGUCGUUGCUAGGGACGUCUCGGGAGCUCUGUGGUUCUUAGAUAUCUGGAGACUCGGCGUCCCCCACGUCCGGUGGCGCGACACGUAUGGGAAACCGCGACUGCCAAACCUUUAUAACGGCUGGGGCGUGCUGGUGCUUCCCUAUAGCAGCUUCCGGCCGACGAAUUCGAGCAGCGAAACGCUGGGCAUCCCCAGGAACCGGGUGGUUGUCCUCAGGAGAGACAUCCGCAGCCACAGGAUAUAUCUGGAUGUACAUUACAGCACAUGCCUGGAUAUAACCUGCAGCCUGUACUACCUGAAGGGGUUCUCGCCGAGCUUUGAAACCCUGCACCAGCUGGGCCAGGGUCCCUUUCAAUACUCGACAAAACACAAGUUGUACGGGCACGGAACUUCUCAAGAGGACGAGGAGGACGAGGUCGACGACGAGAGCGAGAGCGAGCUCGACGGUGAAGGGAGCUCGCAAACGACAAGCGAGCACACAACCAUCACGGUGCCAAACCGCGAUUUGACCAUCACUAACAUAGCCCACGACAGUUCAUUCGUUGAGAAAUCCUAUCCUAAAGCGCCAAGGUUCCAGUUGGCCGGGUGUAUCAUCCCCAACCCCUGUGAACUAUUGAUACUCGACGACGGCCCCGACCAGCGUGUCACCUUCGCCCGGUAUUGCAGGGUGCUGAAGCGCGUGAUAAGCGUUAUAGAGUACGCCACGGCCGGGGACCUCCCCCGCCACCUAGCCAGGACGCACGGCCUGCUACGUGCCUGCACCGGCGACGUGGCGUUCCAGCCCUUCGACCUCGCAUCACCAUACAUCCAGUUCCGAUUGCUCCUCACCGAGCAGUGCCACCCGGUCCCCUCCGCCCAGCCCUGGGACCUGCACCCCACGUACGCGGAGCGCAUCAACAUGCUCCACCACGUGCCCGAACUGAGCCUGGUCGUCGUCGGCUCGGCCAUGGGGCGCGUCGCCCUACUCACUCUAACCAAGGGCCCCCGCUGCCCCGGCAUGGGCAAUCUCCGGUACGGCUUCCGCGUGGACUACAUCCUACCGCACAAGUUCGAGGAGGCCGCGUCCGUCGCCGGCAUCGGCGGGAACGGGCGCUCCGUCCAGCCCUUGUGCACCCUCAUCGGCGUCGCCAUCGGCCCCGCCCCGCGCGGAGCCGGGCUGAAGCUGCCGCCCCCGGACAUCGACGCCAACGGGAAUGCAGUGUCCCGUACAUACCGCCUGAUGCUGCAUUAUAAGGAUCAUACGAUCAUCAUGUAUGAUAUCAGGCGGGAUCAGGAGGAGUUGUUGGUUUUCUGA